AUGCUGAAACCAGUGGUGAAACCUGCAGAGGUGGCACAUCUGGCGCCCCACUCCCCAUCGGAACCAGAAGUGACCCCUCUUGAUGACUCUUCAAGUCUGGGCCAGAUCUCGGUCAGGCUACUUUCACCGCUGUACUACCUGGUCAUGAGGCGGCCCCUUUGGUUGACCCAGACCACCCAACAUUGCGUCGCACCACCCGCCAUGGGGCAGGACCUGUGGGUUGUUUUCUUUUUAAGCCUGAGCCUGAGGGCGCUCACUCUUUUGCCACUCCUGCGGGACGCAGCAGUCUCUUUGGGUCCGUGGAGUUGUGCUGGUGGGGAGCCUCACACAGUGGUUGGUGGCCCUGUUGGCACGUAUGUGGGCUUGUGCGGCGUGAGCGCUGCCCUGGGAAACGCCUUCUGCUCGUUUUGCUUCCCUGCACUUCAGCGGGACCGAGCUGCACCUCCCGCGGCAGUUUGGAGACUGCCAAUCAUCACAAGUACACAAAUUCUGAGCCCCGUUUCCACCGGCGCAGCUCCUCCUGCCUCCACUGCUCUGGAUUGA